AUGUUGAGGCCGUCAAGGACUGAGGAGGAUCGCAAGAAUAUUCUCAGGCUGCAGGACUUGGUGGACAAAUUACAAACCAAAGUUAAAGCUUACAAGAGACAAGCUGAAGAGGCUGAGGAACAAUCCAAUGUCAACCUUGCCAAGUUUCGCAAGAUCCAGCAUGAGCUGGAGGAGGCGGAGGAACGGGCUGACAUUGCUGAGUCCCAGGUCAAUAAGCUACGGGUGAAGAGCCGGGAAGUCCACACGAAAGUCAUAAGUGAAGAGUAAUUCAUUAUAUGCUGAAAGGUGACCAAAGAAAUGUGCAAAAUGUGAAG